AUGUAUUUUACACCACAGCUCAGGAACUGCUUCCAUGUAAUGAAGUUUGUUCUGAGGGGCCAAGUUUGCUUUGAAAAAUGUACCCUGCAGAGACUCUCUUACACCACAAGGGCAUUGGGAAACCAUGCUUUGAAAGAUGAUAUUUCUGCAUCAGAAAAAGAAAAAGAAAACUGUUUCAAUAUUAGUGGUAAAUUCCUGUUGAAGAGCCCUUACACUCCAUGGAGCCCUGAGCCCGCCAGCCACAAGUCACACUCCCACCAACAUGAGCCUGGCGGUGGCGGCCAGGGGUGGCGCCUGGCCUCCCUGCUGGCCCUCAGCCUCAUCAGCACCAAGACAGAGGCCGAGGAGGCGGAGAAGAGGGAGUCGGAGCUCAUCAUUAUGAUCAAGAGAGGAAUACUGGCACUCAAGGGCGGGGAGCUGAAUAAGGCCGAGCAGCUGCUGCACGUGGCCCUCAAGAUGGCGCAGGAGACCAAUAACGAGCAGGCGGUGACCUACAUCUUUGACCUGCUGGCCAACCUGGCAUAUCAGCGGGAGCAGUACCCCAAGGCCCAGCGGCUCUUCAAGGACGUGCUGCAGCGGCUCCUCUCAGGGGGCAUGGCGGAGGACGACAACGCUGUGGUGGAGAUCAGCCUCAAGCUGGCCAGCGUGUACGCCUCGGAGGGUGACUACGAGAAGGCCGUUCAGGGCUUCCAGUUUUGCAUUGCCACUCAGGAGGAGAAGAUCAGCAAGCACGGGGAGGCCAACCUGGAUGAAGACUCCCUCCUGCUGUGGGCCAUGAGCAUGGACUGGUACGCUCGCUUCCUCCUCAACCUGCACAAGUUUGAGCUGGCCAAGCAGCACUUCCUCAAGGCCUACGAGAUGAGCGUCCGCGUCAGUGGCCCGCUACACUCCCAGACGGCCGUGCUGCUUAACGACAUCGGCUCGGUCUGCUCCCUCCAGAAGAACUACACGGAGGCGGUGGACUACCUGGAGAAGGCCAUCGCCGCCGCCCGGGAGUCCGAGAGCCCCGAGAUUGGCUCCUUCUAUGUCAACCUGGGCACUGUGUUCCUCCAGCAGGGCCUGCACGGGGAGGCCAAGAGGUGCUGCCGCGAGGGCCUGGCACUGUCCAAGAAGCUGAAGAACAAGGACGGGGCUGAGGAGGCCGAGAUCUGCCUCACGGAAAUUGAGAAGGUGCUCAAGGGAGAGAAAAGCAACGAGGUGUAAUAUUACUGGCCUCAAAAGAAAACAGGAAAUGUAUUAUAUUGUUAUGCUAUGCAGCUGCUCCCUCCUUCAGCCUUGGAGAGAAAAAAUAAAUUUCCAGAAUGGUCCUCCCACUUGAUUCAGUGCAAACCAUUUUUUUGAUCAGGUCGUUAAAGUGAGUGCCUGUCCUUCGUUAGUGGUUUUCUUCGCCUCAGUCGUGUCUCUGUAGCAGACUCACCAGCUCUCACAGGAAGCCUUAGUGACAGUCUUGUGUCUCAGCCUCCUCAUCCCUGUGUGUGUUACCAGCUUCAGCAAACUCACUCAGCAAGGCACAAUACAUUCUUUCAUUGGUGCUAACUUAUCGUAAGCCCAGAAAGCCUCGUGACCAUUACGCAGUGGUAUUGCUUUAUGGCUGUUGAAUGUCCCAAGGGCAGUAGCAUCACAUAGUAUGCAGGUAUUUUGUUGUAAAAUGUAAUUAUAUUUUUGGUACCUUGGCAGUAUUGGUGUACUUAGUAGUGCAUCUUGCAGUUUGCAGCACAUGUGUAGCUCUCAGUUCUGCAGCCACGAGCAGGUAAAGUGCAGUGACCAGGGUAUGCACACAUCUGCAGUGUUUAGUGGAAUUGGUUCUAGAGGCGAGAGAUUAGAGAGAAUAACAAGAACACUGAGGGUGGCCACAUGGAAGGUGCUUUACUGUCUCCGGGUGUUGUGGGGGUGUGGGCCGGCCAAGCCCUGGCCUGUGAGGAGUUGGUGGGUUGCUUGGCCUUGCCACCGAGGCCUUCACAUACCUCAGUGCUCAGUCAUUACCUUGUGCCAUAAGAGAAGAAAGAUGCAAUAUGUUAUGUAUAUAUUUAUUUGUAUGAUUGCUUUUGAAAUUGCUUUAAUACAAUUUUUUGUGUAGUUUAGCCAUGUACAACCUUUGUGGUGCAGUGGCCAGCAUGCCCAGCUACAAAUUCAUGGGCCUGGGCAUGAUCCUGGCCAGGGCAUGCGGCACACAGCCCACCCAGUUGUUGCCCUUUGGGGCUGGUCAAUAGUGGCUACCUGGGACAACCUGGGGAAGGUGAACUGUGAUAACCUGGAGGUCAUACCUGCUCUGCGUCCCAGAGUAAUGGGUUCUCACCCACCACUGGUUCAAGGGCGGAGGUGACAGAGAUGAGCGCUGAUGCAGCUUGCAGCUAUAUCGUAUGGCCCCAACUUUGCCUUGGCCAUUUAGAAUCCCAAAGGUCUACCUUUAGUUCUUUUACUGUACCUGGCUAAAGAUUUUGAUCCUCAUCUUCAAUUUUUCCUGAGACAUGAUGUCUCCCUCACCUGCCAGUCCUUGGGCAGUCACAAAGGCUCCCCUCUGAGCUUUGCUGCAGCUGGAUGUGUUCUUGUUGUUCCUCAAGGGGCAACACCAGCUGGCUUGAUCAAAGAAUUAACCAGGGGCAGGUGGCCUCGUGGCUACAUGUCCUGUGCUCUGCUUUUGUUGUGAAUGUUGUGAGUCAGGGUUGUGCACACAGCGGCCUCGUGGCAGGAGAGGCGGCACUCUCUAGUCAGGCUACACGGCCCGAGUUGCCUGUUCUUUAUGCUUUUAAAUAUUUAAAGAAAACUCAUUGAUGUGAUUCCAUUAUUUUAAAUUGUUUUGUUAAAUAUUAUCUUUUGUGACAACUGAGUCUUGACAGUGCCUUUACCCUUCUGGUGUCAACACAGGUGGCAGCAGGGAACAGGAAGCUCCAUGUGGCAGUGUUUUAAGCGUCAUGGUGUGGGCGGGUGCAGGAAGAGCUUUGGAAUACUACGUUGAAUUUGGUUUAGUGUGAUGUUUUCAGGUAUGGAUUAAUUUUCUGUUCUAUUUAAGUUCCAUGUUUACUGAAGUAGGUUUACAUAUUCCUUGGCAAUACAGAAUUAUGAUUGUGCGUGAGUAUAAUGUAAUCAGUGCAUUUCCGCUCACAGUAAAUAGGCAACGGAAUAGGAAUGUGGUAUAGAAAAUGUUGUAAGAGUAUCUACAUAAUAGUCAUGCCAGCUGUGGUGCUUUGUGAGAGUCGCCGGAACAACCAAACAGUCAUCAACCAGCUUCCACGCGACAACUACGUCCAGCUGGUGAGAGGAACCGAUAUUAGCAGCUCAGUGAAGCGUUCAAGGCAGCAGCUUUAAUGUUUGUGUUCUUCUUAGUCGUGGUAAUAAACCUGUACUUAUUUGUGUAUAUAUAUGUUGGCGUGGUACUCAAACACCAUGUAAUCUAUUGCAUUAUACGAGCCUUUGGGCGGAGAAGGGGCGUAAGGGACAAGGUACAUGCGUUCUAGUUUGCCCUGGGAAGAAGAGAAGAUGGCGCCACUAUAAACACUUGCCUGCGCCAUGACGGGCUGGGGACAACUACCAUCCAGGCCCCUGAAAAAAGCCUACCGGCGCUAUAGAAGUAUAUAUAAAAAAAUAAAAAAAUAAAAAAUAACAUCCCGGGAAAACAAGAUACAAGUCGCAAGGGAAAAAUGACCCUCAGUACACCAAAUACAAGGUCACUUUAACCCUUGCAACUUAUUUCUUGCUCUUCCUAGGAUGUGUUGGCUGCCUUUCCCAGCGCACACUAGAAAAAAAUAUCUUCAUCCCCUCCGCCCCUUCUCAGGACAUCUCAUAUACGUGGCUGACAAGUUAAUAAUCAGCAUCAGUCUACCUGAGAGCUAUGGCAAGAGCUUCUAUUUGUACCAUGACUAUUUACCUGCAUAAUGAGGUGUAUGAUACAGGCGAGGAGGCAGCUCAGUACAGUUGUAAAUUCACGCAAACACAAAGUUGAUGAUGAUUUUGCCAGCCUACUACAAGUCCUGUGUGCGUUUACUGAUUCUAAGCUGACGGGGCUGCUCAUUGUGGGACGUGGCAUUUACUGUGUUGUGGGGGUGUGAUUUGUGGCGGCAGGCGUACAUGCAAAGAAUAAAACGCUUUUGGUA